AUGUCUGCUAGCCACAUCAUGAACAACCGCAAUAGCACCCCCGAGGCUACCAACACCUCGUCGCUGCGGCCGCCCUCCUCGAGAGCUGUUGGCGCCGGGCAUCACCUCCGAGCCUCUGCCGACAUGGCCUCCCUCACCGGAAACGCUCAAGCUGGCAAGCUGAACCGCCCCAACUCCGAUUUCUAUGGCCAAACCCAACAUGGGCCGGGUCAAGGUGCGGGAGACAUCGAUCCCCAGGACAAGCUUGCCCAACAAUGGAUUGCGGACAUUGAUCAAUACGAGACCACACUGGAGGAGAUGGCUGCUGCUACACUAGACCAGGACUUCAAGGAUGAACUCAGCGCUAUUGAGCAGUGGUUCAGAGUCCUCAGUGAGGCUGAGAGAACUGCGGCACUCUACGCGCUCCUGCAACAGACCACCCAGGUCCAGAUCCGCUUCUUUAUCCAAGUGCUACAGCAGAUGGGAAAGAAUCACCCAAUGUCUGGUGUCUUGUCCCCUGCAAACUUCGACAAAGAUCCGAUGUCGAACCGUCUGAGUGAUGCAAUGAACAAGUUGAAUGUAGACUCUGCAAGGAACUCACUGGCUCGUGCGCCAUCUAAUGCUAAGCGUCACUCGGGGCUUGAUACUUCUACCAUCAAUGCCAUGUUCCCUGACGCCGCAGCUGCUAUCGCCACGGAGAAGGCAAAGUUCACCCAGCAGACUGGCAAUCCCCCGACAUCGAACCGAAACAGUGCUGCAGUCGAUAACCGAAGCUCUCUAGCAGCCCCGACCAUCUCUACACCUGGUGAUGGACUCGAUGCCAACGGGCAGAACCCUACAUCACCCUGGGGAGUUGAGGGACGACCCAAGUCAUCUUCUGGCCAACCCCCAAUGGGACAGUUUGUCCAGCCUCCACCCUCUGCUGGCCUUCGAUCGCCUCGUCCCCAAAUCAGUGGCAACCAACAGAUCCAGAAUACGACACUUAAUGCUGGUGACAAGAACGAUCUGCCGCUCCUUUCACCAUAUGGUGCCAGUGGAACCUGGGCUUCAAUGACGAACACCCCAAUGGUUGCUAACUUCAGCCCCCAACAGAGUGGAACCCAGGCGGACAUGGUAGCGAACGCUACUGCGAUGAAGCUUGCGGCUCUGUCGACGGUCAACAACCGCUUCGCGCUAGAUGAUGUUCGAAAGUACAGGCGAGCCCGAUCCAACGACGCCCCUGGCGCGCCGUCACAGAACCCUCUGUCACCAGGUGCCCAGGGUAUGGGAAUUCCGAGUGGUGCGAACGUUGUUAUGAUCAACGACCGUGGCCAAAUCGUGAGCCAGGAACAGAUGAUCGCACUGCAGAAUCAGCAGUUCGGUGGCGGCCGAUCUCGACCAAGCUCGCCUGGCCUCGCUAUGCAGACCGGGUUUGGCCAUAUGGCCUUCACGUCUCCCCAGAACAACGGCUUCUUGAGCGCAUACGAUGGCACUUCGCCGAUCUUGAACCCCGCGUUGGGCGGCAUGAAUCUGGGACAGCUUGUCGGUCAUGAAGGUUACCUGUCAGACCAUUCAGAGAUCAACAGGGGUCGUUCUCCUCGUGGACGGCGUGGUAGCAGCAAGCCACCUGAGGAUCCGACCGACCCCUCGUUGCUCCAAGACAUUCCCAGCUGGCUACGAAGUCUUCGUCUGCACAAGUACACCGACAAUCUCAAGGACAUGAAGUGGACGGAUCUCAUUGAGCUGGACGACAAGCAACUCGAAGACCGGGGCGUGAAUGCUCUUGGCGCCAGACGCAAGAUGUUGAAGGUCUUCGAGCAAGUCAAAGAGGCGAAAGCCGAGGGCAAAUUGAACUAA